AUGAGUGAUAACAUUCGAAAAUCGCUUCAGGAUCUUAAUUUGGGGAUUAAUGAUACCCCGAUCUCCUUGCCCUCUGAGUUGUGUGGAAAAGCUGCCACGCUCAACCGCUUUUCACUAAUCGUCUCUGUCGUGAAUCCAAGGAAGCAGAAUCUCAGAGCAAUUGCUUCUCAGAUGCCGCGAAUCUGGGGCUUUGUAGAAGCCUGUCGUGGAAGGAUUCUGGGUAACGGCAAAGUUCUCUUCAUCUUCCAAUCUGAGGAAUCGAUGAAUCUGGUUCUUCGUCGUGGACCAUGGGCAUUCAAUGACUGGAUGCUUUCUGUUCACCGGUGGUAUCCAAACAUCACAGAGGAUGAAAUGAAGAUCAUUCCCUUUUGGAUUCAGAUCAGAGGAAUCCCGGUACUCUAUCUCACAAAUGCGAUGGUAAGUUACAUUGGGAACCAACUCGGGUAUGUCGAUGAGGUUGAUUUUGAUGAGACUGCAGGAUGGGCUGAAUUUGCUAGAGUCUGUGUGAAGUGGAACUACGACAUGCCUUUACGUUUUCAGAGGAACUUCCAGUUUUCAGCGGAUGACAACACCAUUUUGAAAUUCAGAUUUGAAAGGCUCCGCAACUUUUGCACCAGAUGUGGUUCUCUGAAACAUGAUGUGAAAGAAUGCUCUUUGCACUACGAAGAUCCGCCUGUGGACAACAGCGAUGAUGACAAUGAUCCUGAUGAUCACAAUCCGCAUGAAGAGAAAGGCCCUGCCUCUGCAGAUACUCUGCAGACAAUUGCUCCGGAUGGUGAAAUCCAAAUCCCUGGUCUACAAAGGAACAACCGCUUCACUGAAUUCAUCAUGACUGAAUCAGAGGACACAACUUCACCAAGCGUGUUUGAGGACACUGAACUAAUGGCCGAGAGACUCCGCUAUCUACACAACAAGUUUACCAAGGGAAAGGAACAAGAGACACCGACUGCAAAGGCGCACUGUGUUACCAUUCUGGAGAGCAGUCCAACAAGCCAGAAACGCAAGAGGAAGGAGAUGGAGGUUUUUUACCAACAAUGUGAGGAGAUUGAAGAUCUGACGGUCCUGUGUCAGAUUCGCAAGAAGGAAAAGACCGAGUCUCAGGGCUCAUGCUCUGGUGACAUAAUGGACAGAGGAUUUAAUAACUUAAUAACUGAGCCCCCUCAUGGUAGGAGUGGAGGACUAGCUUUAAUGUGGACCAAAAAUGUUUCGUUGUCCAAAGUUUAUCAGGAUGAACGAAUGAUUGAUGUAUUUGUUAAGUUUAAUGAUAAUGGUUUCUAUUUUUCGGGUGUGUAUGGACAUCCUGUCCAAAGUAUGCGUCACUUAUUUUGGGAACGAUUAGAAAGAAUUGGUGUGGUCCGUGAUGGAGCUUGGAUACUUGCAGGAGAUUUCAAUGAAAUCAAAUCAAAUUCUGAAAAAAUAGGAGGGCCACAUAGAGAGGAGUGGAGCUUCAGAGAUUUCCGAAACAUGAUCACUUCUUGUGAUCUAAUAGACUUAAAAUCAAAAGGGGACAUAUUCUCAUGGGUGGGGGAACGACACAAUCAUACUGUCAAGUGCUGCCUUGAUCGGGUAAUGGUUAACACUGAAUGGGCUGCAACUUUCCCGAAUGCAGAAGCAGAAUUUAUGGACUUCAAUGGGUCAGAUCAUAAGCCUAUUCUAAAAUGUAUCAAUCCGACCUCACCGGCCACACAUAAACCUUUCCGUUUUGACAAACGGUUGAGUCAAAUUCCAGAGUUUGAGAACAUAGUAGCAAAAGGUUGGAAUUCUUGCAAACAUACAAAUAGAUACUCAAUAAGUGAUCAAAUCAGAAACUGCAGGAAAGCAAUGUCCAAAGGUAAACACAAGUCAAACAUGAAUGCUGCUAAACGCAUCGACUACCAUCAAUCCAAACUUAACCAAGCGAUGGAGAGCACAAACAGAGCUAUUAGAAGACGCAUACCACAGAUUCAAGAAGAACUCACCAAAGCAUACCGUGAUGAGGAGAUUUAUUGGCGAACAAAAAGCCGUAAGCAGUGGAUGAAAGAAGGCGAUCGUAACACUGCUUACUUUCACGCGAGCACAAAGACCAGAUACUCAAGAAACUACAUAUCCUCCAUCAACGAUGAGCAGAACAACACUUUCCGUGGCGAUGAAGAAAUUGGGAGUCAUGCUCAAACUAUUUUUCUAAGGUUUAUGAGUCCAGUGGAAUCCCGGUUUCCCCAAUAG